AUGUGGUCAGCUGUGGGGGUCCGGGCAAUUGUGGGGGUGAUGUGGUCAGCUGUGGGGGUCCGGGCAUGUGGGGGUGAUGUGGUCAGCUGUGGGGGUCCGGGCAAUCUGUGGGGGUCCGGGCAAUGUGGGGGUGAUGUGGUCAGCUGUGGGGGUCCGGGCAAUGUGGGGGUGAUGUGGUCAGCUGUGGGGGUCCGGCAAUGUGGGGGUGAUGUGGUCAGCUGUGGGGGUCCGGGCAAUGUGGGGCUGUGGGGGUCCGGGCAAUGUGGGGGUGAUGUGGUCAGCUGUGGGGGUCCGGGCAAUGUGGGGGUGAUGUGGUCAGCUGUGGGGGUCCGGGUGAUGUGGGGGGUGAUGUGGUCAGCUGUGGGGGUCCGGGCAAUGUGGGGCUGUGGGGGUCCGGGCAAUGUGGGGGUGAUGUGGUCAGCUGUGGGGGUCGGGCAAUGUGGGGGUGAUGUGGUCUGCUGUGGGGUCCGGGUGAUGUGGGGCUGUGGGGGUCCGGGCAAUGUGGGGGUGAUGUGGUCAGCAGACUGUGGGGGUCCGGGUGAUGUGGGGGUGAUGUGGUCAGCUGUGGGGGUCCGGGUGAUUGUGGGGGGUGAUGUGCUGUGGGGGUCCGGGAAAUGUGGGGGUGAUGUGGUCAGCUGUGGGGGUCCGGGCAAUUGUGGGGGUGAUGUGGUCAGCUGUGGGGGUCCGGGCAAUGUGUGGGGUGAUGUGGUCAGCUGUGGGGGUCCGGGCAAUGUGGGGCUGUGGGGGUCCGGGCAAUGUGGGGGUGAUGUGGUCAGCUGUGGGGGUCCGGGCAAUGUGGGGGUGAUGUGGUCAGCUGUGGGGGGUCCGGGUGAUGUGGGGCUGUGGGGGUCCGGGCAAUGUGGGGGUGAUGUGGUCAGCUGUGGGGGUCCGGGCAAAUGUGGGGGUGAUGUGGUCAGCUGUGGGGGUCCGGGUGAAUGUGGGGGUGAUGUGGUCAGCUGUGGGGGUCCGGGCAAUGUGGGGGUGAUGUGGUCAAGCUGUGGGGGUCCGGGCAAUGUGGGGGUGAUGUGGUCAGUUUUGUGGGGGUCCUGGGUGGGUCAGGGCAAAUGUGGGGGUGAUGUGGUCAUGUGGGGGUCGGGCAAUGUGGGGCUGUGGGGGUCCGGGCAAUGUGGGGGUGAUGUGGUCAGCUGUGGGGGUCCGGGCAAUGUGGGGGUGAUUGUGGUCAGCUGUGGGGGUCGGGCAAUGUGGGGUGAUGUGGUCAGCUGUGGGGGUCCGUGGCAAUGUGGGGUGGUCAGCUGUAGGGGUCCGGUCACUGCAAAUGGCAAAUAA